AUGCCCGUGGGUGCCCUGCUGCCGUGCCCGGCGGCCCGGCGGGACUUCCUCAAGGCCUCACACUUCGCUCUGGGGUCGGACCCGCAGCUGCACAUGGGUGCCACGCAUUCCACGACGCACCGCGACUUCCCAGCAUACCCGGACGUCCCCCGCGCACUGCCGUGCCCGCCGCCUCCUCGAGCGACCCUCUUCCAUCAGGACACGCGCUGGGCCAGUGGGGAGUUCCUGUCGGCGGCACACUGUGCGUUUGUGUCACCGCCCACCCCGUUGAGGGAGACGGAACGGGCGCGGGCGGGGGCGUGCACACACGCCGCUCAGGCCAGCCACCUGCAAGUGCGAGAGAACGCGCGGGGACGUGCCCUCCUCUCCACCGCGCGCGCCGACUACGGUUGGCCAGCGCUGCCGGCGCGCGACAGCGAGCAGAGCCCAGGCGCGCGCCUCAUCUUCCACCGGGACUCGGUGCCACCUGGUGACCGAGCCAAGCUGCGCAUUCCGCCAACCACUCACCAAGCGCUCUUCCUGCCGCACGACGUGUACCCUCAGUCCACAGCGUCCUGCGGCCACCUCCGGGGCCCCACCCCCCUCAAGUGGGACCACAGGAGAUGGGAUGACGGGACCUCCUAUCAGAGACAGUUCCAGGCCCUGAUGAGCCCACCUGCCUUGAUGUGUAAGAGGGACUCCUCCAGUGUGGCACUGGGAGACUUCAAGAUUGGCUAUGAGCCCAUAUGUUCGGAACAGAAACAAGCCUACAGGCCCCAGGGUCUGCCCCCAGACAGGUAUGACAAGGCCCGGGCCUCGGCCCACACCUACUAUGUGAAUAUUGGCCCUGGCGAUGGCCGCUUCCGUGGCAGGACCACCAACGCUGAGCACUUCCGUGCCCAGGACCCAGAGCCUUUUGUUUUUCACCACAACUGGACUCCGGAGUCACACAUCCUGGGAGGAAAUCGGUGCCCAGGCCCAGGCAGCCUCACCACCUCCAUGCACCACUUCUAUGGCCAGCCGCUGCCAGUGACCAACUCACACAGCCGCCACGUGCCUCAUGAGAAAUUGCAGAGUCACAUGACCCUGGGGGAGUCGAAGCUGCUCAGACAGUUCUUCCAGACCUCCAUGGGCACGGACUAUUACCCCCCUGGCACACAACCGCUGCAGAAAGCGCUCAACCUCCACUUGCUGCGGAGCAACCUGCCAGAGGGCACCGGUGAAGCAGAUUUUUUAACCAUGAACCAGAAGAUGCUGAAACCACACAGAAUAGCUCCAGCCUCCGUGACUGCGAAGAUGCUACAGCGGUGCAAGGACAGCCACAUGGAGCCCCCACUGGGUGGACAGCGCUUCUUCUCAACCCAGUAUGAGGAUGAGUUUGCCUUCAAGUACCAGGGCCCAGCAGUGCUGAGAUCAGGCAACUUCCAGGACAGCCACGUGCCACUGGGCUCCCUUCACCAGUGGGGCUGGGGGGCUGGGAAGAAAACACAGGAGUUCAGCUUUCAGUCCUACAGGGACAAGAGGGCCUUUCUGGCUGCACUCCUGUGUCCACGUUGA